AUGAAGGCCUCUCAUAUUCUGGUGCUCACCGCUCCCCUACUUGCUUUGGCAGCACCUACGCCUUCCAACAGCCAACUUUCCAAGAAGGCCGAGGCCGAGAGCUUCUUCCUCCAAACCGAUGUCGGCUGGUUCGACGGAGGCGACAGGAAACGUGCGAUUUCUGAGGAUUCCUCCGCCAAAAAGCGUGCUCCAGCUGACGCUGACACUGACGCUGAAAGCUUCUUCCUUCAAACAGAUGUUGGGUGGUUUGAUGGCGGUGACAAGAAGAGGGCAACAGGUGGUGCCGGAUCGAAGGAUUUGUGCGACGACAACGAGCCACGUCCUGAAGAUUAUGAUGAGGAUCUUUCUAGUGUUUCCACUUUCUCCUGCGCCUCUAGAAAUGGCUAUGAUUAUGGCACCGACGAUAUUUGCGAGUAUCACAUGAAAUUAGACACGGAAGGCCCAGAUUCAGACAAAGAGCUCGACAAGAACGAUCCAGAUGACAUCGAGUACCUCGAGAUGAAGAUGGAUCGGCGCCGCCGCAAGAGAAUUGCGAACACAGAGGCAAUGGGAGGAAGAGAUGAGGGAAAAGCGCGAGAAAUACAGAGAACAAAUGAACGAGGAAUCAAGAGAGGGGAGGAGGAAGGAACCUCAGAAGAUUAA